AUGAAACUUGUGGGUUCUGGUACGACUAAUGAACGAAUAAAGCAUUUGGGGCUGCUAGUCGAAACUAUCAUUACAGUAGUUGUGAGCGGAAGAAGUGUUAACCAAUCUGAGUACACUAGUAUCAUAGGUAGUUUGAGGUAUGUUGCUGAUUACACUAGACCAGACAUAGCUUACGUUGUAGGAUUACCAUGUAGGUUUACUAAUAGACCUAGUCUAGAACACUACAAGGAAAUAGAGAGAGUAAUGAGAUAUCUUAAGAAAACCCAAGACCUAGGAUUACAUUAUAAAGAGUUUCCUGCUGUACUUGAAGAUUACAACGAUGCUGAUUGGAACUCCCUCUCAAAUGACUCAAAGGCUACAAGUGGCUAUAUUUUUAAGAUAGCAGGAGGAGCUGUUGCUUGGAAAUCCAAGAAACAGACAAUCUUGGCCCAAUCAACAAUGGGGUUAGAGAUGAUAGCACUAGCUACUGCUAGUGAAGAAGCAACCUAG